GCGGCGGCGGCGGCGGCGGCGGCGGCAACAUGGCCUCGGCUGGUAACGCUGCCGAGCCCCAGGACCGCGGCGGCGGCGGCAGCUGCAGCGGGACCCCGGGCCGGCCGGCCGGUGGCGGGAGGCGCAGAAGGACCGGGGGGCUGCGCCGCAACGCCGCGCCGGACUGGGACUAUCUGCACCGGCCCAGCUACUGCGACGCCGCCUUCGCUCUGGAGCAGAUUUCCAAGGGGAAAGCUACUGGCCGGAAAGCGCCGCUGUGGCUGAGAGCGAAGUUUCAGAGACUCCUAUUUAAACUGGGUUGUUACAUUCAAAAAAACUGCGGCAAGUUCUUGGUUGUAGGCCUCCUCAUAUUUGGGGCCUUCGCUGUGGGAUUAAAGGCAGCUAAUCUCGAGACCAACGUGGAGGAGCUGUGGGUGGAAGUUGGUGGGCGAGUAAGUCGUGAAUUAAAUUACACUCGCCAGAAGAUUGGAGAAGAGGCUAUGUUUAAUCCUCAACUCAUGAUUCAGACCCCCAAGGAAGACGGUGCUAAUGUCCUGACCACGGAGGCACUCCGACAGCACCUGGACUCGGCGCUCCAGGCCAGCCGGGUCCAUGUAUAUAUGUAUAACAGGCAAUGGAAAUUGGAACAUUUGUGUUAUAAAUCUGGAGAACUUAUCACAGAAACAGGUUACAUGGAUCAGAUAAUAGAAUAUCUUUACCCUUGUUUAAUUAUUACACCUUUGGACUGCUUCUGGGAAGGGGCGAAGUUACAGUCUGGGACAGCAUACCUACUAGGUAAGCCUCCUUUGCAGUGGACAAACUUUGACCCUUUGGAAUUCCUAGAAGAGUUAAAGAAAAUAAACUAUCAAGUGGACAGCUGGGAGGAAAUGCUGAAUAAGGCUGAAGUUGGUCAUGGUUACAUGGACCGGCCCUGCCUCAAUCCGGCUGAUCCGGACUGCCCUGCCACAGCCCCCAACAAAAAUGCAACCAAACCUCUUGAUAUGGCCCUUGUUUUGAAUGGUGGGUGUCAUGGAUUAUCCAGAAAGUAUAUGCACUGGCAGGAGGAACUGAUUGUGGGUGGCACAGUCAAGAACAGCACUGGAAAGCUUGUCAGCGCCCACGCCUUGCAGACCAUGUUUCAGUUAAUGACUCCCAAGCAAAUGUACGAACACUUCAAGGGUUAUGAGUAUGUCUCGCACAUCAACUGGAACGAGGACAAGGCAGCAGCCAUCCUGGAGGCUUGGCAGAGGACGUAUGUGGAGGUAGUUCAUCAAAGCGUCGCUCAGAACUCCACUCAGAAGGUGCUUUCCUUUACCACGACGACCCUGGACGACAUCCUCAAGUCCUUCUCUGAUGUCAGCGUCAUCCGAGUGGCCAGUGGCUAUUUACUGAUGCUUGCCUAUGCCUGUUUAACCAUGCUGCGCUGGGACUGCUCCAAGUCCCAGGGUGCCGUGGGGCUGGCUGGUGUCCUGUUGGUUGCACUGUCAGUGGCUGCAGGAUUGGGCCUGUGCUCAUUGAUCGGGAUUUCCUUUAAUGCUGCAACAACUCAGGUUUUGCCAUUUCUUGCUCUUGGCGUUGGUGUGGAUGAUGUCUUCCUUCUGGCGCAUGCAUUUAGUGAAACGGGACAGAAUAAAAGAAUCCCUUUUGAGGACAGGACCGGGGAGUGUCUCAAGCGCACGGGAGCCAGCGUGGCCCUUACAUCCAUCAGCAACGUCACAGCCUUCUUCAUGGCUGCGUUGAUCCCGAUUCCCGCUCUGCGGGCGUUCUCCCUGCAGGCGGCUGUAGUAGUGGUAUUCAAUUUUGCUAUGGUUCUGCUGAUUUUUCCUGCAAUUCUCAGCAUGGAUUUGUAUCGACGUGAGGACAGGAGAUUGGAUAUUUUCUGCUGUUUUACAAGCCCCUGUGUCAGCAGAGUGAUUCAGGUUGAACCCCAGGCCUACACAGAGACUCACAAUAACACCCGCUACAGCCCCCCGCCCCCCUACAGCAGCCACAGCUUUGCCCACGAAACCCAGAUCACCAUGCAGUCUACGGUGCAGCUUCGCACAGAGUAUGACCCCCACACGCACGUGUACUACACCACUGCCGAGCCGCGCUCCGAGAUCUCCGUGCAGCCCGUCACCGUGGCCCAGGACACGCUCAGCUGCCAGAGCCCCGAGAGCACCAGCUCCACGAGGGACCUGCUCUCCCAGUUCUCUGACUCUAGCCUCCACUGCCUUGAGCCCCCCUGCAGCAGGUGGACACUCUCAUCUUUUGCCGAGAAGCACUAUGCCCCUUUCCUCUUGAAACCAAAAGCCAAGGUUGUGGUGAUCUUCCUUUUCCUGGGCCUGCUGGGGGUCAGCCUUUAUGGGACCACCCGAGUGCGUGAUGGGCUGGAUCUUACAGACAUUGUGCCUCGGGAAACUAGAGAAUAUGACUUUAUUGCUGCACAGUUCAAAUACUUCUCUUUCUACAACAUGUAUAUAGUCACUCAGAAGGCAGACUACCCCAAUAUCCAGCACUUACUUUACGACCUUCAUAAGAGUUUCAGUAAUGUGAAGUAUGUCAUGUUGGAAGAAAAUAAACAGCUUCCCAAAAUGUGGCUGCACUACUUCAGAGACUGGCUCCAAGGACUUCAGGAUGCAUUUGACAGUGACUGGGAAACUGGGAAAAUCAUGCCAAACAAUUACAAAAAUGGAUCAGAUGACGGGGUCCUUGCCUACAAACUCCUGGUGCAAACCGGCAGCCGUGAUAAGCCCAUCGACAUCAGCCAGCUCACUAAACGGCGCCUGGUGGAUGCAGACGGCAUCAUUAAUCCCAACGCUUUCUACAUCUACCUGACCGCUUGGGUCAGCAACGACCCCGUGGCGUACGCCGCCUCCCAAGCCAACAUCCGGCCUCACCGUCCUGAGUGGGUCCACGACAAAGCCGACUACAUGCCAGAAACCAGGCUGAGAAUCCCAGCAGCAGAGCCCAUCGAAUACGCUCAGUUCCCUUUCUACCUCAACGGCUUGCGUGACACCUCAGACUUCGUUGAAGCAAUUGAAAAAGUCAGAACGAUCUGCAACAACUACACAAGCCUGGGGCUCUCCAGCUACCCCAACGGCUACCCCUUCCUCUUCUGGGAGCAGUACAUCGGCCUCCGCCACUGGCUUCUCCUGUCCAUCAGCGUGGUGCUGGCCUGCACGUUCCUCGUGUGUGCUGUCUUCCUCCUGAACCCCUGGACGGCCGGGAUCAUUGUGACAGUCUUGGCUUUGAUGACGGUCGAGCUCUUUGGCAUGAUGGGCCUCAUUGGAAUCAAGCUGAGUGCCGUGCCUGUGGUCAUCUUGAUCGCUUCCGUCGGCAUUGGAGUGGAGUUCACCGUUCAUGUUGCUCUGGCCUUUCUAACAGCCAUUGGCGAUAAGAACCGCAGGGCCAUGCUCGCCCUGGAGCACAUGUUUGCACCCGUUCUGGACGGUGCCGUUUCCACUCUGUUAGGAGUGCUGAUGCUUGCAGGAUCCGAGUUUGAUUUCAUUGUCAGGUAUUUCUUUGCUGUCCUGGCAAUCCUAACAAUCCUGGGUGUUCUCAAUGGACUGGUUUUGCUGCCAGUCCUUUUGUCCUUCUUCGGACCGUAUCCUGAGGUGUCUCCAGCCAACGGGCUGAACCGGCUGCCCACCCCUUCCCCUGAGCCGCCCCCCAGUGUGGUCCGGUUCGCUCUGCCCCCUGGUCACACGAACAACGGGUCUGAUUCCUCUGACUCGGAGUACAGUUCUCAGACGACGGUGUCGGGCAUCAGUGAGGAGCUUCGGCACUACGAGGCCCAGCAGGGCGCCGGGGGCCCUUCCCACCAAGUGAUCGUGGAAGCCACAGAGAACCCUGUCUUCGCCCGCUCCACCAUUGAAAAGGGCAGGGACCAAUAUUGGUGGCUACACAGAACAUCCGUCAGCAUAUAUCACGUUUGAGCUUAAGGACCGGAGGUAAAGCAUGCCUUGCUCCCCCUGCCCCCCUUCUUUAAAAGCUACGUAUCAUUGUAGGAGGAUACCUGUUUCAAAAUGUAAUGGUAUUUUUAUUGCCAGCAGAAGUGAUUUCUUUUCCCUUCCACUUCUGUUCCUUUUAAUUACCCUUGGUAUAAAAUUCUUUCGAUCGUUAUUGUCUAAGACUUCACCAGAAGCUUUUGUGGCUCCAAGCUCGUAUCCUAGGUGGCGGGAAGGAGCAGAGAAGCUGAGAACCAGCCUUCAGUAAUUCAGGAAAACCGUGAGCAGCCCGGAGCCUCUUCUCAGAGGCCCUGAGAGCCCCAACUGCAUUCUCCCCUCUCUGUGCUCCCCAGGAUGUCCUCGGCCCCCCAGGCCUGGAGCACAGCACACAAAACCCAAGGAAUGUUCUAAGGCUCCUGUUGCUCUGACAGGGGGCCUCCUGCUGUCCCUCCAGGAAAUGGGUAUUCCAGUCCCAGGCUGGAGCUGCCCUUCCAUGAAAGAGAGAGAGGCCAACCAAAUAACCUAAAUUUUCUUCCUCUUACCCCCCGUGACGAUGCCUGCUGAGCUGCAGUGUGAAUCUGGUUUUGUUCAGCGGGAGCCUAAAAAUAGGUACAAGCUGAACGACUUUGAAGUUGGUCACGGUCCUUUUGAUUGAUGUGGCCACUGUGUUGCUCCAUGCUUUGUACAGAGACCCAGAAACCAGAUUCCUAACGACAGGAUAGAGCAGCACUGCCCGGUAGAACUUUCUGUGACAGUGCGAAUGCUCUCCAGUGCAGUAGCCACUGCAACAUGUGGCUGUGGAGCAUUUGAAAUGCGACUAGUGCGACCUAAGGGACUGAAUUUUGAAUUUUAGUUAAUUUAAACGUACAUAGCCACGUGUCCCUCAUGGCUACCGUAUUCAACAGUGUAGGCAACGUCCGGGUAACGUCCUGCAUUUGGGCGAGCCAGGGCCAGACACUUAGUCAUUUUAGAAGAAAGAGGGAGCUCGAGAUCUGAUCCUACCCAGCAGGGUGGGGUGGCGGACUGUGGGAGAGAGGCAGCUCCGGUACUUAGACCACAGCCCUGCAUUUAUGGGCAGCCAGCCGUAUGUGUCCGGCCAGCUGUGCUGGAGAAAGCCUAGGCAUAGGGUCCAAACAGGGCGUACCUCUGCCACGUCGUUGUGGGUGGAAGGCCCCUGGUCGCUCCCUGGGGCGCUCCCGGCCAUCUGUGGGGUUGACUAAGGUCUAGUUCAGAAAGAGCUGUGUGUGGGUGGCCGGGCGGUAGUCAGAGCCAUGAAGGGAGGGCUGGGGCAGCGGGGGCCGAUGCCCAGCCUGGGGUUAGCACCCGGCCUGUUUCAGCCUGCCCUUGCCCUCUGCAGGUGGUCCAUCCUGAACCGAGGCAGCACCCACCCUCCAACCCUCGACAGCAGCCCCAUCUGGACUCAGGGUCCCUGCCACCCGGACGGCCAGGCCAGCAGCCCAGAAGAGAGGCCC